AUGAGUGAUACAAAUGAAUCCGUGCCGCCGCCCCAGGUCGGGCAGGCCGCAGGAUUUGUGUUACCCGCUGAUGUCGUGUCCGGCGUGCGUACGAGCGCCGACGCGACGCGCCAUGCGUCGCCGCCGCGCCCAUCGCCAUCUUUACACGUGCCGUUCGCGCAUGGUGCGGACGCACCAGGCCACGGUGCGCCGACAGAGAUACCUACGACACCUACUCCCGUAAUUAUGACGGACCAGCAGCUAAGUGUUAUUUUACAAUCUUUACGUAUGCCGCCGACUUCGUAUACGCCACCGCCUGGAUACGGUGCCUAUCUUUUAAGUGAGGCACGCCGGUUAGAAGAGCUUUUUGAAGAGGGACGUAGUCACCGUAGAGUGCCGGCUGCAGCCGCGCUUCAUAUCCCGGAGACGUCUCGAGCUUCUUGCGUACCUACCGCAUCAAAAGCACUGAGCCAUAGGCCCCGAUGUGUGUACUGCAAACAAUAUGGUCACGCGAGGGAGGAUUGUAACAGGUUGAAAGAAAAGGCGUCGAGUGUAACAAAAGCAGAGAAAUCACCUGAGCGAUCUCAAAUAACUUGUUUUGGUUGUGGAACGCCCGGUGUUAUACGUGCAAAGUGUAUAAAGUGUAGUAAAACCGCCGCGAAUUCCGCGUUUCACACAGUGUCCGCAAUCGGGUCGAAGCCGGUAGAUCCGAGGAGUCGACCACUCCUAGAAGUGUUAGUGUACGGUGCUAGGGGUCGUGUAUUGGUCGAUACCGGGGCGAAACAUUGUAUCGCGAGUGAAAGCUUAAAAGCUCAUUUAUAUAAGAAUAACCAUAAAUUUGUUAAAGUUAGGACAGAAUUGAAAUUUGCUGAUGGCACUGUAAAAAAUUUAGUUGUUGAUACUGCUCAAGUGGAGGUGACGGUGUUAGACAUAGUAGUGUCGACACUUUUUAUCGUUCUUCCCGGUGCCACAGAUUCGCUGUUAGGCAUGAAUUUCAUUAAGGAUUCUGGGACUUCUAGGUCUGACGCUGUCACCUUGCGUAAGAGAGGACGUCCAGCCAAGUCUCAACCACCUAGUAGUGGCUGUGACUUGGAGGGGGAGGAUAUAGCGAACGGAAUUCGUACAUUAAAAGAUGAUGCAAUACGACACCCCCGCCGCACGCGUCGCCCGCCGGCCCGCUACCGCGGACAGGAGGGG